AUGUCUAAGUCGCGUUCCGUUUACUCACACAAUGUAUACAAAUUUCAAAGGUCGUUACUCAAUCUUGAGAUCAGUGACGCUCACGCGACCAUUGUUAAAUACCAAAAUAUUUUGUUGUCGCUGGAGAAUGACAUCUUAAUUGAAUUACAGGUUGAAGUGUCAAAAAAAUUCUUCGACACGCAAUACUUGAAAUUAGAACCGGCCUUCAACGCUUACAAGACGGCUAACAUCAACAAGUUAGCUAAUCUGAUCAAUAACAAAAAACGACUCAAUUUUAAUCCAAUUGACCCGACCUCUGAAAAUUGGUUAGUAAACCUCAGCAGCACUGAUAUUCCUGUCAAUGUUAUCGACGUACUAAAAAUGGGACCUAAAUAUGGCAUUCCUUUUAAGAAUAACCGCAUCCCAACCAACAAACUCAUAUCGGAUUUCGAAUCAAAGAUUUCCUGCAUUCCUUCUAAUUCUCGUAAUACGGCCCGGCAAGAUUUCACCAACACAAUAAAAAAGUUCAUUAACACUCCUGCUCCCCUUAACGCCGAUAAGAAUGUCCUUCAUAAAAUCAAAGAAACCAAGACCUUCCAAAAUAACAAUCAGGACUUGCUUUUCUUGAAGGCGGAUAAGGGAAUCAAGACUGUUGUGAUGAACAAACUAAUGUACGAUGCUAAAAUGUUGCAACAACUCUCUAACAAUAAUUCUUAUAAAGUUGUUAGAUACGAUCUCACCUCUACUUUGCAACAAGAUGUAAAAAAACUAACAACUGAUUGGUUUAAAAGCAAAUUCAUCUCUAAUCAACUGAGACGUCAAAUUGCAAAAACGGAUUGCCUACCACCUAGAGCUUACGGACUACCGAAAAUUCACAAACCAGAUACACCGAUACGAAUUAUUGUGUCCUUUACUGAUAGUCCGACGAUUAAUCUGGCUCGUUUCCUCAGUAAAUGUAUAGGUAACAACAUCAUACCUCCCUCGUCACGGAUAAGAGAUAGUUUUGCGUUGGUGAAUGCUAUUAGGGACCUUCGUCUUCCAGCUGAUUAUAUUUUAGUUUCACUGGAUGUUGUAUCCUUAUUCACUAAUGUACCACAAGAUCUUGCAAUUAACGCUGUCAAACAGCGCUGGCAUCAGCUGGUGGACAAAAUUCCGGUCCCACUUAACGAACUCUUAAAAGCAUUGCAAAUAUGUUUUAAGGCUGCCAUAUUUAAAUUUAACCAUAACAUAUAUGCUCAAACGUAUGGUUUACCGAUGGGCUCACCGCUCUCUCCAAUUUUGUCUGAUUUGGUUUUAGAUGACCUUGAACAACACUGUCUUAAUAAACUAGACUUCAAGCCUUCAUUCUUUUUCAGAUACGUAGACGACAUAAUAACAGCUGUCCCGUCGCAUAAAGUCGCAGAAAUGCUUUCAGUUUUCAACAGUUUCCAUCCGAGACUACAAUUUACAUCUGAAUUAGAGUCUAAUCACCAAAUUAGCUUUUUAGAUGUCCUGAUUAUCAAUGAUAAUCAGCUCAUUAAAACUGAUUGGUUUCAUAAGGCUACUUGGUCACAAAGGUACUAUGUAAAAAUGACUAUCCACCUCGCCUGCUCAACAAACAUAUAA